AUGGAAAACGCAUUUGAAAACGCCGACACCGUCGUGGAGGAGGUGAUGGAACACCUGAUAGCGGAAGUGGUUUCGGACUCGAGUAAUAUAGAGACGACCGUCCACUCGGUUCUAAAAGACAUCAUGGCAAUGGAAUUUGGACACCAAAAUACAACACUGGAAACCGACACCGUUUCAGAGGAAUGCCGAGACAGACGGAUGGUCGCCAUUGUAGAUCAGUUGGUCGAUGCAAUUGUGCACCUAGUGUCCGAAAAGUUGUCCGCCGCGCCGCACGUGCAGCCCGGAGACGGAAACGUUGUACUGCGGUGCGAGGAGGAAGAGGAAGAGAAGGAGGAGGAGGAGGAGAAGAUGGCCACCGGUGGAGACUUUGAGGUCGUCUUGUACGAAGAAGCUUCCACCGAGGAUGGGGCGGAGAUCGACGAACCACCGGCAACACAAGCGGCAGUCUCUUCACGCGGGCGGGUCAGGCGAUUGGCGGCCGCCGCGUGGAGAGGAGUGAAACGGGCCGGACGAGCAGUGAUUUGCCUGGGUUGCUGA